AUGUCCAACUCUUUCACGCAAUGCAUCCACGGAUCCGACAUGAUCGUUUCUGAAAAUAUUACAACUCUUCCAAGUCGCCCGGCACUCAAAUUCCUUCCGUACCUUACGUCCAUUGCCUCAAACACCACAUGUGACACUAUCCUGUUCCGCAAUCCCCACCGGGGACUUGUGCUUCCAUAUAACCCUCUCAGGAUCAGCCGGUUGCUUUUCCUCUUCGUCCUUAUCGUCCUGCUAGCUUGCGUUGGACCCGUGUGGCAUUCAGGUUGCGCCGAGCAGAAUCGCGCCGGAAAUGGGCCGGAGAAGUCGACCAGCGGAGGAUGCAACCCCGGCAUGGGCGUCUACGGCGCCCUCGACUCCCUGGAAAAGGGACAUAGCCCCUGGGAACCCAACCGUCCAAAACGAAAACGCGGGAGCGACCGUCCGCAGCACUCGAAAGCAAGCUCGAGAAGAAAAACAGCCCCGAGCCGCCAUAUUCGACGAACGUUUGCCUGCCAUUAUUACCUUCAUGACAGGAUUGGGUACUGCGACUGUCUAAGCAAGAGGCUGAAAAGACUGAGUGACGUACGUCAACACCUGCUGGAAAGGACGCAUAAGCAGGUUGUGCAUUGUCCAGUCUGUGGCGUCACGUUCACCGAGCAGACUGUACUAGCGAGACAGCGACGGGAUGCACACGUUCAGGCGGCAACAUGUGAGCGUUCGCAGUCUCCCUUCAACUAUCCGGGCAUCACAGAAGAUGAAGAGCAACAGAUUCGCAAUAUCGCUCGCAAUGGCCGCACCACCCAGUACACCGAGGUCCAGCGUUGGUAUAUGAUAUGGGAUGUACUAUUUCCGGGGGAGGAACGCCCAGCCUCGCCUUUCCUGACAGAGGUGCCUGAGAUCCAGCGUAUGUUGGAUCAGAGAGAUGCGGUCUUCAUCGGUAGCGAUCUUUGGCUUAAUUUGCCUCGCAACCAACCAUGGACAACUGAAAUGCCCCUCGAGGAACAGCAAUCUGCGAUGUACAACUUCGUUGGGUCAUUCAUUGGGCAGGCUAGGGGAGUCGUGGAGCAGAACGAGGCCUCCGUUGAAGACGAUCCCGGAACUGACAUUUUCUCGCUAAUCGACGUCGAUGCGCCAGAUGCAUCUGAUCCGCCUGUAAAUCUAGGGAUAACAUCUCUGCCCAGCUUUCGCUCCAGCAUUCCCCUUGAUGCUUCGGAACAAGCAUAUGUCAACUCAUUUUCCAUUACCCCAUCAGCGCAGGCUCUCAGCUCACAUCCGCCUAGCCAGAUGGACUCCAAUCCUGGAGGACAACCGCCUGCUAUCUCUACUUUAGUCCCACCUCAACUCGUUAUCGACCCCGCGCCAGACAUAUCACAGGACACACAGCAACGUGCAGCAUCUGGGCCUGUCACCGACACGCACGACCCCACUUUCCCAUACUUACCCCUGCUGGAAUCCUCGACUGAUGACUUCGCUAUGGAGUUCAGCUCUGAAUGGCCAAUGUACAAUUUCGGCAACGACGAUACCGCACCGGGAAAUGAUUGCACUCCCGCCGGUGAAGAUGAACUCGGAGGUCGGGCUUAA